AUGAGGGUCACUCCUUUCGGGGCCUCUAUCGCUCUAUUAGUUCCACGGGCUCUAGCGAUAUCUGCUACGCCCACUACCUCUACCGCCGCGGCAGCAAGCUGUACAGCCUCCCUCAUCACCAAGCUCUGCAGCUACCCGGAACCUGGCGCAGACUUUGCCGUCGCCAGUGACGGCACGGCCUUCUGCUGGGACUACUGUAACGCCAACCCUCCCUGUAGCUUUGUUAUCUUCAAUGCCGGCAACCCUAACACGGGCACCGGCACUUGCUGGCUGUACCCGGGUGAAACCUACGAUGCGAGUGAAGGCAGUUCGAACUGCAGCAAUCCUACCCUGUCCGUCUACAGCCAGCCCGUAUGUCCGAAUGGGAGCGCAACAACCACUACUGGCGCCUGCACCGCCACCGCGACUCCCUCUGCUAUUGCCUCGGUCUGCGGGUACCCGGCGCCUAGUGACUGCUUCGAUAAUUGUGUUGCCAGUACGGGCGCAUCGAGCUGCUUGAGUCAAUGUGCAAAGGCCGAUUCCUGCAGCUACGUUGUCUUUAACCCACACAAUGAUGACAACUCGCCGUAUGCCUCAGGCACUUGCUGGAUCUAUCCGAACGGCACAUUCAACGCUGCGUCUGCAUCCACUUGCAGUGGCGAUCCUGAGCAGUUUGUGUAUAAUAAUGUGUGUCCCAAGCCAUCAUCUUCGUCGUCCUCCAUUUCAUCAUCUGCUACCGAAAGCUCUAGUGGCACUGCAGACACUAAUUUGGGCUCCACCGCUAGCAAUGCUACCGGCUCAACAACUAGCAGCAAGAAUUCUGCACCUUCGGGCCUUUCGCUCACUAAUCCGUUAGCUAUAGGCGGGGCUAUGUUAAUAUGGCAGGCACUUUAA